AUGGCUCAUGAAUCCAACAAACGAAGUCAGCAUCUACCUCAAAUACCACAAGUUAUGCAAGGCUUACAAGAGCACUCAUUAAGUCUGUCUAAUGGCAACAACAUUCACGGGCAUAUAAACCUUAAUACUACUCAACCAUCAUCAGCAUUAAACUCACCAGGAACGCCACAGCACUUGCGCUACAACUCAAACAGUAGUAAUGUUCGAACAAAUAUGCGCAAGGCUGCUUUUAAUCAUAUGAGAACACCAACCCCAUCAUCUUAUGAAAUUCCAUCCAGUCCGAAAGUGAAUCACCAGAAUAUGCAAUUUCCACAACAAAACCAUUCUGAUCUGUCUGAUAGCAACCCCAUUUUGGAUCUGGUUGCUCAUGAUGCUGAAGCAAAUGUGGGAUCAAAUCCACGUCCACAUUCAUUAAAGCUGCAACUGACACAACCUUUAGUACAUAAUCAACCAGUCAAGUCACAGCAACAGAGCUAUUCUGAGCAACAGCAACAGAAACAACAGCUGGCACAACAAUCACCCCGGCGCCAACAACUGCAACAACAGCAACAGCAGCCACAAGUGCAGCAGUCACAGCAAUCACAAUCACAGCAAUCACAACAAAGAGCCAUGUCAGAUGAGGAACAGCAAUUGGCAACAAAGUUGAAAGAAACUUAUAAAAACAUAGUCAACUAUGAGGAAGUUGUACAAAAGAACUGCAUAGAGAUCACCAUCAAAAUCAACCAACUCACAGCCAACCCUAAUCCAAGCAUGGUGUAUGGAAAUCAACUCGUGAAUCAAAAUUUAUCCAGCUCAUUAAACUCGAAUUCGUCAAUGAAUUUUAAUCCAACAAGGACGUCCGAGCUACUGAAUGACCUUUGGACGGUUUAUCACCAUAAUAUGACAUUGUUAGACAACUACUAUGAUUUUUUGGUCACGUCACUAAAGCCAUCAUCCAAUCAAACACAAUUUAAAACUGGUAAAAAUAUUGUUGAAUUAUACAAAAUCCCCAGAAGAAUGUGGGUUUAUGGAAUCGUUGGGUUUUUAGAAGUUUUGAAAAACAUUAUGGGUAUUUUUCAGGACCAUGAGAUUUGUGCCUGUUUCAUUUCCCACUGCUUUAACAUAAUAUCAAAUUUGACCGAUCCUAUAUUGGAGAUGGAAGGUUGGUGGGCUGAAAAAUUGGGAGAUUUAUCGAGGAUGGCAAUAGCAUUGUAUUCAUCCAAAUUCAUUGAUUGGAAAAUUAGUGCAGAGUAUUGGUAUUCUGUUUCAAUGAAGACACUUUAUGGUCAUGGAAAAAUCCAUUACCACAUGUGCACCGUUCAACAAGAUAAUUUGGAUGCCUUGGUUAAUAUCAGCAAGUCGGUCACUUGUCGAGAUCCGUUUGUGCCCACUCAACACUAUCUUAGAUUAGUUGUUGAAAACAUUUGUACCCAAAGAAACAUUCUAUCAUUAUUGGAGCUUCCUAUUAUUGAUUUUAUCAAGAUUCACAAGGUGUUACUCAGCAUUUAUAAUGGACGCAAUAGUGAAGGUACCUCAGUGGAAAAUAUUCACGACUCACAAUUACAAUAUGGUAUAGAUUUGGUAACGAGGUAUGGAUUAACUUUUGGUUCAGACUCAAAUGGCUACAAUUUUUUCACUAGAGAGAUUUACAGCUCUGGUGGAAUGACAAUGAAUGAUCCGCAAGGAGGUCACCUGUAUUAUCAGAAAUUACCGCCUCAGCACCCACUGCAAAUACCUACUCAAAUACCACCACAGCCACUCCAGGCGCCAUCAGCUACAAAUACUUUGGAAAAGAUGAAUUUCUGGUUCAAUAAGGGUUCGUUGUUUGCCAUUUCAAAUAUUAAUCAUUUGAUUGGAUUUGGCGAUGCCAAAAAUCCAUUUGCCAAACUUUUUGAACUACCAGAGGCAUUAAAAGAGAGAAAAGACAAGAAGGAUAGAAAGAGGAAAUCAAGAAGUAUCUCUCAGUCGGAAGAAGUUAUUCCUUCCAAUGCGGGUAAUAGUAGUGCUAGUGGCGGUGUCUCUGGGAGUGUCGCUGGCGGUCCCGCUUCUGGACUCAGCGGAGGCGGAAUUGAUGGACAAUCGGUGGUUGCUGCACAUUUGCACAACUAUGAUUGGUUUUACAGCUUGGAGUUUAUCAACAAAUCAGUGUUGGAACUAUCAAUGCGGAUAUUGAAUCAUUACUUGGUGGGACCAAAACAAGCAUCAACUGGACACGUCAUUGUGUGGUUGUAUUUCCUAAUCUGUGUUGGUGAAGGAGUCAAGAAGUACCCCGUGUCGCAGCCCAUGUUCAACUGGUUGUUUAAAAACUUGUUUCCAUGGGAAUCAUUUGUCAAUUAUUUGAAUUCGUUAUUGACCUUUGUUAAAAACAGUCCCAAAUUGUGUGCAUUAUACACUCAGUAUUUGCAGGUGCCCUAUAUUGCUUGGUUCUGUGAGAACGAAUUUCUUCCUGAAGUUUGGAAAUGUUGGGGCACUUUGUGGUUUGAUUUUAUUUCUGAAAAGGGCGAUUACAUAGAUGUUGAAGAAGCGGGGAUCAAGAAUAGCAACUUAUUUGAUUUGCCCGUUAGCGGUACUUUCCCUGUUUUGAACAUGCCAAGUGACUCUUUUGAUCAGAAAUCAAGAAACCAAAUGGAAAAUGAUAAUGAUGAACGAAUUGUUCGUAUAAUUUUAUUAGCAAGAACAUUAGCUGACGAGUACGACUUUGGAUUGGUUAGAACAAACACGGACUUUAAAUUUGAAGAAAACGUUUACAACAAGCCUAUGACUGAUCCUUUUGCCGAGCAAUUUAUCGAUGAUGAUAGAUUUACCAACAACAACUUUUGUCAGCCAAUAUCGCCUGAGAAUUUAACCAAUGAAACGCAUCAGAAUCUCACGCCUUUGCAGAAAGAUGAGUUGUGGUUUGGUGGGUUAGAUAGUCAUCUUUACGAAGACGAGAAUUUAGAGUUGGAGGAUGAUAUCAUUGAGGAUGAUGAUGAUGACGAUGACGAUGACGAUGAAGAUGUGGAUGAUGGAGAUGAGGACAACGAGGAUGACAUUAUAGAUGAUGAUGAAGAUAUUGGAUAUGGCGAUGAGAAUGAUUUGGAAAAGCACUAUUCGGGCCUCAACCCUAACCACAGCUUUAGCCAUCCAAGUGGUGGUGGCGGUGGUGCUACUGGUUCUGUUACCGCGGCUGCUGCUGCUGCUGCUGCUGGUGUUGGUGGAGACAUGUUUUACAACGAUGCAUUCAUUGGCACACCUACUGACCCCUUGGCUUUAGGAAAUAUAAAUAAUGACACUGAAGGAAACUUUGGUGACAAAAUUGACAGCAACAUCACCUACGUCACAUUGGACACCAACAUAUGGCUUAAGCAUUGUGGACGAAUUUUCAAAUGCGUGCGGAAUGGCGUUUUAAAAAUUACGAUUCCAUUGAUUGUUUUUCAAGAACUACGGGCAUUGAGAAAAUCAGCUGAAGCUACUAUAGCUGAUGCUGCUACAAGGUCAGUGAUUAUUAUUCGUGAGCUCUAUCUUACACGAGAAAUUGUGCCUUUAAGAUUUGAUGGUACAGUUGCUUCUGAUAUUAAUGAAACAAUUGAAUUUGAGAAUAAUUCCAAUUGGAGAUCAAAUGUUGACGAAACGAUUCUACAUGCAGUAAAUGAACAUGAUGAAAUGGGUAAACGAUUGAUGAAGGGCCUCAAUAUGAAGUUGUCGCCAUUUACAAAGUCAUCUCCGUCGAUAUCAAACAAUGAAGACUUGCAUCAUUACUAUGGAAGCCCACUCAAUCCUCAACCACAGGGGCAGGGACACUAUGACCAUUAUUCACAAGAGGACCAUGGACAAAAUCUCCCCUAUGGAAACAGACACCAUCACAACUCGUCAUACUGCAAGAAGGACGCACCGAUCUUGAAUUCGCGUAUGGCCAAGUUAUUCAAGUAUUGUAUAUUGAUUACUGAUGAUCGUAAUAUGAGAUUACGCGCCAAGACAAUUGGAUUGUCUUCGUUCCAAAGUAAAUGGCUAUUUAGUCAAUUAGAGACAGUGUUUGCCGAUAGAUGUAUAGAUUAA